AUGCAAAGGGUCACUCUUGCAAGUUGUGGAGAAACCCCAAAAACAGUUGAUGACCAGCCACCCUGUGCUCCCCGCCUCGAGGCGCUGGGUUCCGAGCGAAGGCGGGUUCCAGAGGCCCCUGAACAGGUUCACUCCUCCCCCACACUCUCGCAGGUUCUCGGCGCAGGGCAACCUCUCCUCACAGGUGCACGGAAAGAGAAACCGUCGCUGGGAAAGAAAGUUCCUCCUCACCUAGCCCCUCCGGACUCGUCCUCACCCCCUGCCAGGGAGCCGCGAGACAGAAGUGGCGGCGGCGAUGUAGGGCAGGAAAAGGCGGGGGAAGGGGGCGGUGAUUAUUCUCAACGCUCGGCCCAGGGGGAGGAGUGGAGCACCUCUCAGGCACCUGAGAUUCGACGGGGAGGGGAGGGGCGGUGUGUGUGGUGGCCAGAAGGGAGCGGAGGUCGGGUGGCGGCGGCGAGGAGAGGAGGGAGGAGAGAGAGUUACCGUAGGGUCUCUUGGCGCGGAGGGAACCCGCCACACGUUGCCAAGGUGUCUUCUUGGACUUGGAGAAGGACACCUGAGGGACCGCUACAAGGCAGAGAGGUGGCAGCGCUGGAGCCAGGGAGGCUGCUGUCCUUGUCUCAGGGGAGCAGAGAGUCCCCACGCCUGACUGCUUUCAGCUGCUGCCCGCCCAGCGCGCUCGGCGAAGACUUGGAAAGAGAUUCCCACUGGGAUGCCCCGGCAGCUGCCACCAUUCGGAAGGGGGUGGGGGAGAACGUAUCGACGAGGAAAGGGAAAGAUUCCUUGCUUUGCAGCUGCCGUGCCACCAAACCUCUCCCACAUUCUAAGGAAGGGAGGAUUCCUGAGACAGCUGCUCCGAACAGCGUGGAGGCGGGGUUAACAUUGCCUGUAGAUCUCUGAGAGUUUUUUUCCUCUCGUGAUUUUCCAAUGUGAAAGUCAGGUUCGCCUCAUUCUCAGAUUAACUGAAAAGAUAAAUUAUAUUAGGAUUGUAACCAGCACAGAUCCUUAUAAUGUAUCCUUCUCCUCCACCCCCACUAUUAGCAGUAAAGCUUUCUUCCUGAUGCAUUAGUGAAAACAAACAAAUACAGAAGAAAGUGGUUUUUCACCCUUAUGGUACUCUUUCAAGUCAUAAGGCCUUAAAAAAAAAUUUUCAUAUACUCGCAGUUCCCUAAAAUGCAAGUGAAGCAAAAAGUUGGGUCAAAAGUUAGGAAGUACCAUGGAGGAAUCAGAAGAAAAAAUUGUAUUGGUUUGAGAGAUGAAAUAGUUUCCUAGAGAACGGGUUAUUUGAGAUGGGCUUGAAAAGUAAACUGAACUUUAUCACAUGGAAAUUUGGUAGGAGGGAGGCAACAUGAGGAAAGAGAAGCACAGGAGUAUCUUCUUUAGAAAAGUGUUACAUCUUUUUAAAAUACUAAAAUGAAUUCAGCCGCACCAAAUCUCAUGUGGUUGCAGAUGUUUUUUAAAGAUUUGUUUUCUGUAAGUGGGCUUAAAUACUCCAAAGAUGAGACAGACAUUUUUCUCAUGAUCUGGAUUGGUGAUUCUUGCAUUACCAGGGUUGAGGCAAGCAGCAUCAUUGGCUUGCCGUUCCCUAAAUCCAAAAACUAUUUAAACACUUCAGGUUUAUAUUUCAGGUCAUUAAAUGAAUGUCUGCAAUAAGGGGAAGUAGGGUGUACCUGUAGAAGAAAGAGAACUCUCACUUGACCUUUAACACAUCAAUAGAGAGGGAGGGAACAUUAGAGAAAAAGCUUUUUAUAGCAUUUUGCCUCCUCAGAUUUAGGCAAAUAGUCUAACCUUGAGUAUGUUAAUAUAUCUGACAUAUAGGUGCCGGUAAAGUAUUUAUUAAGUAAAUAAAUGUUCUCCAUUAAGAAGGAGCAGGUGAUAGUAAAAAUUAUCUAAACAUGAUGUAGUCACAAAUAUUCAGUCUAAAUGAUCCAGGGCUAAGGUUUGUGUCUGUCAUGGAUUUGUCAAUUCACUGCUAACACUCUUCUACUGAUGAAACAAAAGGAGAUGUAAGACAAUUAUCCAAAUAUUUCCCAAAAAAUUGCCAACUCUUUUUUACAGUUCCUCAGGAUUAUUCAACCUGCCUUACUUUACCCCUGGUUACAGUAAAAUGGUUGGCAAAAAUUGGAGAUUCACUGCAGAAGGAAGGGUUAGGAAAGUAGAAGGAGAAACUUUACUUCUAGCCGCAGUUAAAAUACAGUAACUGUGGAUAGUUUGGUGUAAAGAAUAGAACCAUGGAGUGCUUCAGGGUGAGUUAUCUGUCCACCAACUAUUAAGCUCCUUAAUGGCACAAUACUCUGAACAUUGUAGGUACUCAAUACAUAUUAUUUGGAUUAAGUUAAAACUCUAAAGUUACUUGCUUUAAUUUUUCUGGCCUGAAAGCCCUUGCUUGAGUCUAUACAACUACUACCAGUUAGAGGAAGGAAGAUCUUGGUAUAAAUGGCUAUAUUAAUGUGGAAAGCAGUUUUACCAUCUAUUAAAAUUUAUCUUUUUGAUACUAUAAUGGAAAUUUUCUAGUCAAAAGUCUUCAUAUGGACUAUCAGCAGUUGAGUUUAUAGGCCUGCCUUACUUAUUUCCCUGUAUCAUACACCCAACUUACUACACAAAAAGGAAGAAAGACAAGAAGGAGGAAAAAAGAUUAUUUCUUGUAAAGUCAGGCUUAAGUUUUCUAUCACCAUCUAAUUUCUCUCUCUCUGACCUCACCAUCUUGAGAGAAUUAAAGGCUAAAGACUCAUAAUUUCAGUUGCCUUCAGCAUACAUUGAAACCAUAGCAGGAAAGAAAAAUACCCAAUGGAUUCAUAACAGGAAGCCUUGUGCAUAACUCAGAGGAACUCAAGCAAAGAGAAUGUAAUUUCAUGGUGAAAUCAAGAAGAUUAUUGAUCUACAAACCCGUACCUGUACAUACAAAGAAAAUUUUUAUAACAAAGACGGGAUGGAAUUUUCUUUCUUUCUACCAGAAAGAACACCCACUCCUCCCGAUUGUAACUUCUUGGCAUUUUGCUAGAGUAUGGAUUAAAUGAUAAUUUAGGGGAAGGAUACUGCCUACAUGAUUUGCUAUGCACUUGGAUAUGUAUCCCUGGAUUUCGAGUCUUCUUCAAAUUGUUAUUCCAUGUAGCCUAUGACAUCACAGCCUGGAAGUUUCGGCCUUGGUUUGCAGCACCCUCCUUGUGAGAAAAUCAAACAUUGCUUUGCUAUUCAUUAAAUUUCACUAAUGUUAAAUAAAACUUCAAAUGUUGGUAACCAAUUAA